AUGUAUUGCGGUUUAAAUAACUUGGGUAACACAUGUUACAUGAAUUCUCUCCUCCAAACUCUCUUCAUGACUCGCCAAUUUAGAGAGGCUCUUUUUAAGUGGAAGUAUGAUGAAACGAAGCAUCCAAAAAAAGAAGACUGCAUUCCAUAUCAAUUAUAGUAUCUGUUCACCAAGAUGCAAGAAGGCUAUGAGAAUAGAGCAGUAGAUGCCAGAGGAUUAGUGAGAUCAUUCCAAUGGGAUCCACAAGAAUCAUUUGCUUAGCAUGAUGUUUAAGAAUUUUGCAGAGUACUUUUUGAUGCCAUCCAAUAAUCUGAUGAUUAGGAUUUCAUCACACGUCUGUAUCAAUCUCACUCCUAAUCCUAUGUGCAAUGUCUAAAGUGUUAAUCGGAAAGUGUGUCCAAUGAAGUUUUCUUGGAUCUUUCACUCACUGUCAAAAGCGACUUUUUAAAUGUCUACAACGAGUCUCUGGAAAGAGCACUCUACUAUUACAUUAAGCCUGAGAAGUUGGAUGGCGAUAACAAAUACUUCUGCUAAAAUUGCAAUGAUAAGACAGAUGCCCUCAAAGGAUUCAGAUUGAAGGCACUAUCAGAUAUACUCACCAUUCAAUUGAAUAGAUUUGAGUUAGACAUGAAUACAUUCGAGAGGAAGAAGGUGAAUGAUUAUGUUUCCUUCCCCUUUGUUUUAGAUAUGAACAACUUUCUCAAACCAUAUGAUUAAAUCCUCAUUGAAGAUCAUCCAGAUCUAUUAGAAGAAAGAGAGAGAUUGAAGAUCUAAUAUGAACAGGAGAAAUCGCAAGGCUGUUUCAGUGAUCCUUUGAGAAGAAAAAAUAGAAAACCCUCCCCAGAUGAAAGAGUCCAAAAGGUUCAUUUUGAUGACACUCCCUAAAUAGUCUAACCAGAUGAUAAAGCACAAUUCAAAAAGUAGUUGUUGGAAGCCCAUCAAGAAUUCUAACAAAAAUUUUAAAGUCUAAAAUCAAAUAACACAUCCUCAACUCAAUUCACUUCUUAGACUAUCCCAAAUAACCCAAAUCUUAUUUUAACUGCUGAUGAAGCCUAUGAUAUUGAUAGCGAUAUGUUAUUUGGCAAUAACUUGGAUAAUCUAGGUGAUUUAGGGGAAGGCACCACUGCCAAUACUGUUAAGGCUUUAAAAGAAGUACAAGGAAGUGCAAAAACCUAAAAUUACGAGGAAAAGGAAAUCUAAGAAAGGAUUGAAAAUGAAUCCCAUAAUUUAUCAGUUAAAUAAAAGAUCUAAGAGUUAUUACAAAAUGGACCAAAUGUUUAUGAAUUAUAUUCAGUCAUGAUUCAUUCAGGAGGAGCAUUAGGAGGACAUUAUUAUGCAUAUGUCAAGUCUUUUGAAAAUGGUGAUUGGUAUUGUUUUAAUGAUUCUACGGUCUCAAAAAUAUCUUGGAAAACUAUCUUAUCUAUGUUUGGAGAUAAGUAUCCGAAAUACAAUAUGGGAAGUAGUGCUUACUUCCUGAUGUAUAGAAGAGCUGGCGAGGAGCUCAGCACUUAAAAGCCUCAAAUUUAAGAGCAUUUAAAAGAGGCUAUAGCUAAAGAAAUACAAGAAUAGAAAGAAAGAGAGGAGAAGUGGGAAAGAGAAAAAAAAGAAAGGGAAAUGGAAUUGAAAAUCAGAUGUUUUUAUAAAAGUAAUGAUGUUGUUAUUAAAACCAGAAAAGAUACACUUUUGAAAGAUUUCAAAUUAUAAGUCAGGUAAGAAUUGAAUGUAUAAGAAGAUGACGAGAAUACAAGAAUAAGAUUCUAUAAUUCAAAUGACAAAAUCCCAUAGGAGACAUUUACUAAUAAGGAGAAUGAAACUCUGUAAUGUUUAUACUUUAAUGAUUACAAAUCUGUUCUUUUAGAAACCAAAGCACCACAUGAAUAAUUUGAGGAGUAUGAUCCUCAUCUCAUGUUGAUUAAAUUGUGUGUAUGGAGGAAUGAUAUUGAGUCCUUGGAUGAAUCAGAAUUGAAACCUCUUAAAUUCUUUAUUCGAGAUGACAAAACUGUUGAUUAAUUUAUGGAUGCAAUAACAUAAAGGUUGGGAGUACCUAAGGAUAAAUAAAUAAUCUUACAGAAGAAUUGGAUAAAUGGAGCUACUAAUUAUUCAAUUAGAAUUAACUAGUAAUAUUAAUUAGAAUUCACCCUUUAUGAUCUUAAAAUUGGAAGAAAUGUGACAUUGUAUUUGGAAGAAAAGCAAGAUGAUGCCAAUCUACCAUUAAAUUGGGAUCAAAAAUUUGAAUGCGAAAAACAUAAAUGCAGAGUGACUUUCAACGACCCUCGAAAAAAUUUGUUACCAUUAGAAUCUCCUGAUUAUUGUUUUGAAUUGUAAAUUGAUAAUAGAAAAACUAUGAAGGAGUUAAAAGAAAAAAUGAGUGACUUCUUAGGCAUAGAUAUUGAUUCAUUCAUUGUUAAAAAGAGCAAUAGAUAUGGUGAGGAAAUUAAAGAUUUGUCUACUACAAUAAAAAACAAUUAAGCUAUCGGCCGAGCAGCCUUUUGUUUAAUGAUGGGUAAACCUUCUACUAAAGGAGUAUACAAAAUUAAGGUUGGAAUGGGAGGCAUUUCUCAAAAAUACUCUGAUACUAUUGAUUUUGAAUAUUAGGAUCUGUUUGAAAUGGAAAUCAAUUCAGAGUGGUAUGUUAAGGAACUUAAGGAAAAGCUGUGUUAAAAAGUAGAGGAAACAAAAUAAAUUACAUUGUAGCCCAAUCUUAUUAGAUUAAGAUACAAAGUGAAUACUAAACUUAGUCAAGUUUAUCAUAAUGAUUAAUUAUUGAAAAAUUUAAGGCUUUUUGAUAAUCAAACCAUUGUUAUUGAAAAACUGGAAAAAGAGGAUGAAAUCAAAGAAAACUAAUUGUUGGGAUAUGUGAGAUUUUAUAACCCAAAAGACUUUACUCUAUCGUUUCCUCCAUCAGAGAUCUUUCUCAAUAGCACUGACACUAUGCAUGAUACAUCUGUUGUCAUAUCAAACUUAUUUAACAUUAACUAAGAUGCCAUCGAAGCAAUUAAAAUCAAUAACAUCUUCAGUUUUACAAUAACUGAUUUAGUAACUGCAAGUUUUGAUUGGUAAUUACUGAAAUUCAAUGAAAAUGUCGUCAGCAAAGGUCCAUGGUUCCUUCUUAAGGAUUCCUAUUUCAUUAUUGUUCGCGAUGCUCGAGAAGUUCCAAAGGAUAUGACUGAAUUAAGACAAAAAGUGGAUGAGAUCCUGGCCAAAUCAUCUGACCCUGCUAAAAUACAAUAAAAAAUACCUAUGUAAUCAAUAAAGCCAAAAGAGAAAGCACUGAAAAUUACAGUUGUUAAGAAAUAGGAUGAAUAAUAGAAAUCGGAAGAAUAAUAAAAAUAAGAAGAGUUAUAAAAAUAAGAAGAUGAGUAAUAAGGAAACUAAUAACCAAAGGAGGACUAGUUAGAAAAUAAGGGAGGCAUAUAAGAAAAUACAAACGAAACAUCCAAAGAUGAACAAAAAGAUUGA